AGACGUUCUAGAGAGCACUAUGGCAGAAGAAGCUCCAGCUGCAGCCGGACCGUCCAAGUCCGCGGGGAAAGCAAAGAAGAAGCCCGGGACCAGAUCGACGAGGAGAGAUGGGCCGACUCUCCCUCAGCAGAUCACCGAGGUGAUUGCCGAGUCCCAGGACCGCAAAGGCUUGUCGGUGGCCGCGAUCAAGAAGGUUCUGGCAGGCAAAGGUUUGGACGUGGUGAAAACGAAUAAGCGCAUCAACGCCACCUUGGUCGGUCUGGUGGAUAAAGGUGUUCUGCUCCAAACCAGCGGAGUAGGUGCGUCUGGCUCCUUCAAAUUGGCCAAGAGGAACGCGUCUAAGCCUAAACCUAAGCCCAAACCUGAGAAGAAGAAACCAGCUGUCAAGAAGCAACCGGCCGCCGCCAAGAGGUUGAAGUCACUCUCAAAGAAGGGUGUGGCUAAGAGGUCAUCAAAGAAAUCAAAGAAGCCCGCGGGUAAGAAAUCCAAGCCUGUAAGUAGCCCAAGGAAGACGGCACCGAAGGCCAAAAAGCCUCAGGCCAAGACCCCCAAGAAAGGAAAAAAACCUGCGUUAAAGAAGGCUGCCAAGAAACCAGCAAAAAAGCCAGCAGCUAAAAAGGCCAAGAAGUGAAACAGUUGACACUUUAAGAUCUUAAAACCAACCAACGGCUCUUUUAAGAGCCACCACAACAUCAACUUAAGAGCAAUUCCAUAAUUAUUUCACCUGAUUACAACAAAUAUGUCAAUUGACAAAUCUUAAUGCAUUUAAAAAAUAUGGGUAUUUUGAAAAUCAUACUCUCUGUUUGCCAAAUCAGAAUGCAGCAUUUGCUGAACGUUGCAGAAGCAAUAACCCCCCCCUCAAAAAAAUUACACUGUAAAUACUUUGUGUUUUACUCUUAACGUAAUAACCCACUAAGUCACACUCCUUUGUUUUAAAAGUCAUGUAUUUCCAAAGAAGAAAUUGCACAUUUCCAAAUAGUCAUUCACAUUAACACAACGAACAUAAUGAAAGGAUAGAGAAAUUUAUAUAAACAUAACAAAAGACCACAAAUUUCAUACAUUUCUGACAAACGCUUUCCAUAAGUGCUUUCUCCCAUUCACUCACGAAGCACUCGUAAAAAAAAAUAAUAAUAAUAAUAAUGAAGUCCUUAGAACAGUUGCGUGGACGUUGGGUCGUUUCAAUAGUUUCCCGCCCACACUUGGAUUGUCUCAUUUCAAAUUCCUGUCGUCCAAUCGUCCGUCAGCUAAGGACCGCGAGAGUAUCUCCGUUGGACCAAUCAGCGUCGCCGUGGCGC